AUGGCUUAUCAUUUUUUUAAAAAGUUACAAAAAACAAGUAGUAAAGAGAAUAAGUUAAAUUAUGAAAAUAAAAAUGAAAAUAUUGAAAGGUGGUUAAAAUGCAUUCUUGAUAUAAAUAAUAAAAAUGUUGUUGAUAACAUCUUAGAUGAAAGUAACAAAGAUAAUAUUAUAAUAGUGGAUGAAUAUAAAACAUAUGUUAAUAAUAUCUUGAAAUAUACCGAAAAAAUAAAAAAUAUAAAAAAUGAUUUUGAUAAUGAAAAUACUAAUAUAUCAUAUAUUAAACAAUUUUGUAAAAUCUUAAAUAUAAUUAGUGUGUACGAAAAAUUAAAAAAUAACAAAAAAGAAUAUGAAAUUCUUACAAAAAAUAAUAUAUUCAAUUUAUUUGAAGAAAUAAUCCUAAACUGUUUAGAAAUUUUGAAUAAAUUAACAUGUUUAAAUAAAGAUAUGUUUCAUAAAAAUAAUGUAAAAAUUGAUUGUAAUAAAUUAAAAAUAUAUAUAAACAACUUAAAUGUUCUAUUUAAGGAAACUAAUAACUGUGAUUUAUUAUUUUCUAUUUUCUAUUUUGAAAAUGAUAAUUCUAUAUACAUUCUAUAUGAUCUUAUAUUGCUAUUACAAAAAAUAUAUAUCUAUGAUAACAUAAAUUUUUAUUUUUAUUUAUAUGAUAAUAUAUUUUAUUCAAAUAAUAUUAAUUCCUAUUACUUUAAUUUAUAUUCCUUAAAAUGUUUUCAAAUAUUAUAUAAUGACUACUAUUACGAAAGUAAACUAAACCUGAAAGAGCAAAAUAACUUUGUUAAAAAAAUGUAUGACCAUUACUUACUAAUUAUAAAUAAUUUAAGAAAAAAAAAAUUUCUUUAUAUUAAUUAUCUUAAUUUUCCUUUUAACUAUUCAGAAGAAAGUUUAAUUUAUAAAAAUAAAAAUGAAAAUUACUAUAUAAAUGAAAAUGAGGAAUUUUUCUCUAUUACAACUAAUAAGAAAUUUAGGUCAUAUAUAUUUUGCGAGGAUAAAAUAAUUCAAAAAAAUUUAAAAAAAUUAGAAUAUUCAAAAAAAUUAGACAUGUUAAAAGCAGCUUAUGAUUCUCAAAACUCCUUUUUUUCAGAUCAUUAUACAGAUAGUGGGAGUAUCUCAGAAUAUAAAAAAAAAUUACAAGAAGAUAAAAUAGAUAAUGAUAAAUUAGAUAUAUCUAGUUUUAGUAAUUCAUCGAAUUAUAAUGAAGAGAAAAGUGAAUUAAAUCAUGUUAAAGAGGAUAUGUUAAAAGAUAAGAAAUUAAAAAAUUUGGAGAUUCAGGAUGAUUCUACAAGUAGUAGUGAUGAUGAUAAAAAUGAAAGUCGUUAUUAUUUAAGUUCUGAUUUAUCAAGUAAUUUUAUUUCUUUUGAUGAAGAGUUUGAUGAAGAAAAAAAAAAGAAAAAAAUAGAAUUCUGUGAAGAAAAUUUGUUUUUAAUUAUGUUUAGAAAUAAUAAAAUAAAAAAUAUAAGAAAUAAUAUUGAUAGAUUAAUACUUCAUAAAAACAACUUUAUAUGCAAAUUAUUAUCAAUAUUAGAUUCUAAUAAAGAUGCUUAUCUUAUAAAUGAAAUAAUUUUAUUAUUUUUAUUAAUAUCUGAUAAUAACAUAGAAAUUAAAAAUAUAAUUACUUAUGAAGGAGUAAUCGAGACUAUUAUGAAAAUAAUUAAAGAGGAACACUAUUACUUAUUUAAAGAAAUUUCUGAUUUACAAUUUUUAUUUCAGGAUACCAAUUUAGAGAUACAUGAUAGAACAAAAAUUUUUAAUUUUUCAAACAAGUUAAAAAAAAAAAAAAAAAUAGAAGAAUACAUUUGUAAUGAAAAAAGAGAAAUACAGAAUUAUGAAUUAUCUCCAUGUGACACCAGAUACAAUAAAAAUGUUUUAUCAGAUAACUUAAAAAAAAAAAUCAAAUAUCAAAUUAUAAAAGAAAAGGAUUAUUGUAUCAAUAAGGAAAGUAAAAGCAACUCAAAUAUAUAUCAACAUGGUGAAAUUAGGGAAGAAAGAGAAAAUAAUGAAGAAAAAGAAUCUGAAAAAAAGGACGAAGAAAAAAAAAGAAAUAUUAGUUCUUCGAAUGAAACAAUUUUAAAUAAUGAUUAUAUUUUGAAUUUUACGAAAAAAGAAAAUUUAAAUAACGCAAUUAUAAAUAAAUUAGAGAUUUAUCUUGAUAACAUUUCCCUAAAUGUAGACAUAAAGAGUAGUUUAUUACUUUUAAAGUGUUUAAUAAUAGAUAGCGAAUUUGGUUUAAAAUAUAUUUAUGAAUUAAAUAUAUUUCAUGAAUUUAUUAAAUUAAUUAUUAAUUUAUAUAAUAUAAUUAUAUAUAUUUAUAAAGAAUCUUUGCAUAAAUAUUAUAAUAAUACUAUAUUCUUUAUUAAUAUAUUUUUAGAUAUUAUUUUUAGUGUAUGCCGAUUUAAUAAUAAAAAUAAUUAUUAUAUAAGUUUAAAAAAGUUUAGUUCCAUAUUUCUUAGGAGUCAGUUUGUUCAAUGCUCUUUUUUUUUUUUUUUUAAAUUUACAUUUAUUUAUUUAUAUAAAAUGGCGUUAAAUAAUAAGAGAAAUUCCAAAAAAAUUAACAAUAAUGAAAAUAUACAAAAUAAUAAUUCACAUAAAAAUUAUGAUAUUGCAUCUAAUAUUUCUCGUGUAAUGGAAACAGAAAAUAAUAAUUAUAAUAAAAAUAAUAGUUGUAACAAUAAUUUGUUCAUAGAAUAUGAAAACAUAAUAGAAGUUUUCAAAAAUACUAAUUUUAUAAAUAUUUUUAAAUUAUGCUGUAAAUUAAUAUUUAAUGAUGAAAACUUUGAUAUUAAUUUUUUGUUUAAUAAUUUUAAUAAUGAUAAUAACAAAAAUGAAGGAAAUGUAUUAAAUAAAAAUGAUGAGCAUUUAGAUAUACAUAUUGAGGAGAAUAAAUUUAUAUUAGCAAGCUUUAAAAAAAAAAAUUAUUUUUAUUUUGAAAAUAUUGUUAAAUUCUAUUUAAAGAAAUUAAAAGAAGUUAAAUAUAUAGAUUUGCUACUAAUUUUAUUUUUUUAUGAUAAAAAAAAUGAUGUAAUUCAAAAAAAUAUUUAUGAGCUCUUCAUGUGUUUAUGUGAAAAGUAUUCCAUUAUCUCUGAUUAUAUUACUAAACUUUUUUUUUUUAAGAAAACUUGUUUCCAUUAUUAUACCUUGCAUAAUAUAAAUAAAUUUAAAAAAAAAUUUUUAAUAAUUAAAAAAUAUUACUUAAAAAAAAAAAUAUAUAAUGAUGAUACUUUAAGUAAAUACUACAAAAUAAUAAGAAAAAAAAGUUUUUUUUUUGAAUACAUUGCACAAUUAGAAUUUCUUCACAAAAUAUUCAGUUUAACUAGUGUUAAUACAGAAAAUGAUGAAAAUAAUUCUCCUAAAAAAAUUCUUAAAAACUGUGAAAUUGAUUUUGAAGAAAUCAUUUAUUAUAAUAGCUUAUAUGUAAGUAGUUACAAAAAAAGGAGUAAAUGUUACUUAAAGAAAUUAAAUAAUAAUAUAAAUAAACACAUUUUAACUUUUAAAAUAAAUUUAAUAUUAUACAGAAAUAAAAUAAAUGAAAAAAUAUAUAGUUUAAAAUUUUUAUUUCGCAUGUUAAACUUCAGAUGCAUUAGUAAGAAGAUCAAAUGCCUAAUUUGCGUUUACAUAAGCAUUUAUUUAUUUAAAAAAAAAGAAGACAAAUUUAAAAAAAAAUUACUAAAUAUAAUUUUGGUAAAAGACAUUUUUAAUGUUAUAUAUAGUUAUCUUAACGAUUUUUGCAAAUAUGUUUUUAAUAAAAAAUAUUUUCAUUUUUUAUUUACAAAUUAUAAAAAUCUUAAUGAAAAUAUUAAAAACAUAUUAGACAUUAAAAAGAAAAAGUACUUCUUUUACUACUCUAAUGAGAAGUCUUUAUUUUUUAUUCAUUAUAUUUAUUCUAAUUUUAUUCAUCAUAAGAUUUUCACAUAUUUUUUAAAGCAAUCAAAAAAUCAAUUAUAUCAAAAAAGUGCCCUUAAGGAUGAAAUAUCUAUAAAUAAAAAAGGUUUUUCUGUGAAUAAAGAUAAUAAAAAAAGGAUUCCAUUAAAUAAAAAGGAAAUAAAAAAAAAAAUAUGGAGAGUAGAAAAUAAUAACAAUCUAAAUGAAAAGAAGGGAAAAAGGAAAAAGAAAGAAGAUGAAUUAGAUGAAAAAAGUGAUGAUGAAGAAAACAAAGAUAAACAAAAAUAUGAAGAAGAAGAAAGUGAAAAGAUAAACGAAAAUGAAGAAGAAAGAGAAGAAGAAAAUUCUCAACAAAAGCAUGAGAGAACAAAAUUUGAGUCAGAAGAGAUAAGGGAGGGCAAAAUAAAAAAAAAAAAAAAAAAGAAAGAAAAAAAAAAAAAUGAUUAUGGAAAUAGAAAAGAAAAAAAAAAAUUACUAACAAAAAAUAUCAAUGAAGAUAUUUCAUAUCUAAGGCGUAAAAUGGACAAAGAAGAGAUGAAGAAUAUUGAAGAAAAAAUUUACUUAAAUAAAAUUAUUGAAAAAAAAAAUGAUAUAAUAAAUAAUAUUUUAUACUCCUAUUUGUUACUAAAAGAAAAAGCAGAUAAAAUAGAAAAGGAAAAUACAACCUUGAAAAAUAUUCUAUCUUUGAAAGAAAAAGAAUAUUGUAUUUUGUCCAAUAAUGAUAUGAAUGAUUUAGAAAAUAAAUAUGUUAUUUUAUUAAAGGAUUUUCAAGAAAUAAAUAACAAAAAAGAAAAUUUAGAUGAUAAAUUGGAAAAACUUACUGAUCUGUUAAUAUUUUUAUACGAUAAUGUUAGUGAAUGCCGUUUAUAUAUGCAGAACAUUGAAAAUAUUGGUUUUUUCAAAAAUAAAAAAGUAAAUGAUGAAGAAAAAUAUAGUAUAGACGUGCAAGUAAAUAAUAUAACAAAUGAUAAAAUAAGUGAAAAAAUGAAUGAACAUGUAGAUGAAAAAUUAUGUAAUAGAGCAAGUAGACUUAUUUAUAAUAAAGUAGAUAAUCAAAUAAUUCAUCAAAUAGAUAAUCUAUCAUAUGAAAAAACAACUAAACAAGAUAAAAAUCAAACAAAUAUGCAAGCAAAUGAUCAAAUUAAUAAUGCAUUGCAUGAGAAAAUAAAAAUUGAUGAUAAUAAUGAAGGAAAAAAUAAUGAAAUUGAUUAUUUAUAUUACAAAGAAGAUAAGAAAAUUUAA